AUGAUUUUCAAAGUUGUUAGGGGUAUCUCUCUGCCUGUAGUGGGCGACCUUUGGAAUUCAAAAGCCACACAGUCGGAGAGUAUCAGUGCAGCCUUGGACACUACUAACACUUUCGCAGGCCAUGUUAAGAACAGGGUGGUUAUGAACUGGCAAAAAUUCAACCCUAAGGAGGCUCGUGUGGUGCUGUACCAGAAUGGAACGGAAGUCAUCUCCCUUAAGUUUAAUGCAGCUGGAUCGAACAACUUGAACUGGUUUUCACAGGAGCGACUUAUUUCGUCGCCAUGGAACGACCUUAAGGAUGCAACAAACAUAACUCAAUUUGCCAUUGUUGCUCUUUAUUAUCGGUUCUUUGAUAUAGCACUGUCCCGUGGCGGCUGCGGAAAUGAUUCGGGGUGGUUGGUGAUCGCGAACUACCCUGGUUGCAUGUGGGAACAGCGUGACACUGUAAGCAUUCUGUUCAGUACACUGGACAGAGCUGUAACCUGGAUGGAUUACGGUGAGUCUACGAAGUUUGGGAAAACGUACAUUCCUUUACAGCAUUAUUGA